AAAAAAUUCAUAUAAAUGGAGUCUAGAAUUCCUGGAUAUGGAGGAUUCGUCCCUUCAAAAAAGUCUGAACAAACUGAUGGGCAUGACCUUCCUCCAUCCCUAAGGUACACAAGCACUAGCCAAGCUGCUUAUGUUGACCAAAUGCAAUAUGUCGAUCCUCUUGAUGAUGUAGUUGCUCCAAGAGAAGUAGAAGGAGUUCCCAAUUCAGAGGCUGCUAAAUUUUACGGAGAAGUAGCAGGUGAUGAUGAAACCUUUGCAAAGGAUGCUGAAAACUUUUAUGGAGAUGGAUCGUUGUAUUACUCAAAGGUUGAUGCUCAAAAAGAGUCUUUAGAUCAAGCCUCUUCUAAAUUUCAUCUUGAUGAAAAUGGCCAGGCAAAAUCAGAUCCUCUUUCUUGGAAAACAAUGACUAUGUCAUAUUUAGAAGCUAGACAAGAAACUAUGAAAAAAUAA